GCCAGUUGCUUAUAACAACACAGAACACUUCAUCUAUCCCCUCUGAAAGCUCCUUUGCCUCUCACAUCUCAGUGAGUGUGGGCAUGGCGCCCACAGAUGCCUGUUGCUUUUUAGCAAAGGUCUCUGGGAUCAGACAACAAGGAGUUGAAGAUAAAGUCGCGAAGGCAUUAGAUUACCAGCCCCUCGCGUUGGCCAGUGCAGGUGUGUACGUCAAAAAGAUUCGUGAGAGUAAAAUUGAUAGAAACUUCGGAUGGAAGGAGUAUUUAGGAAAGCUUAACAAAGGUUUGCGAACCCUUACUGAAAAAGAACUCACACAAACUAAUCAGAGCUACAGAAAAUCCAUGACUGUGGCAACAAGGAUGGCCAUUGAAGGAGUUAUCAACGAUGAUAGUGUUGUGAAAAGCACCUUUACUUUCUUCUCGUUUUGUUCACCUGAACCCUUGCAUCUGGACAUCGUUACGAAUUACAUUUUGAGUGAAGAGAAACAUUUGGAGAGAGAAGAAGUUGCUCUUCAGAUCCAAGGUUACUCACUUCUUAUGUUCGAAGAAAGACAAAAUGGAGUCUUUGUUAAAGUGCAUCAAGUUGUGCAUGAAGUCAGCAAAUCUGUGAUCAUCGACUGUCGGGGACCUGAUGAACACGUUCAAAUUGUUACACUAGCUGUAAAGUCAUUCAACCAAUUCUUAGACACUCGCCUUCCACGCACUUGGUACGACUUAGACUCUAAAAGUGACAGUAAGCAUCUCAUUCCACAUUUGAACUUGUUUGCUGUAGAAGUUGAAAAUGUUUUCCUUCACAAAGAUAAAUUUCAAGUUUUCAAGGAGGGUUUUUCCAAAGAUUCCAGAGCGGUGAAAUAUUUCAGAAGACUAGGAGAAAUCUGCUGGAAUCACCACGAAUUUGUGAGCGCAAAACGUUUUUGCGACUCAGCUUUGAAAGUGGUCGAAAUGAAUGAAGGCUUCGUCGGUGUAGAUCAUGCUGAUAUAUGUAGCCUAUUAGGCAUGAUCCUUCUGAAAAUGGGUGAACUACAACAUGCAAAAGAGAAUUCUCAACGUGCUUUAAAAAUCAAGCAAAAAGAGCUUGGACCCGAACAUGUUGACCUGGUAAAUACCUAUAAUUGCUUAGGUCUUGUUCAGCGCAGAAUGGGUGACCUGCAAAAUGCCAAGAAGAAUCAUGAACGUGCUCUGGACAUUCAGCUAAAACAUCUCGGACCCGAGCAUGUUGAUCUGGUUAAUACAUACCUUCAUCUAGGAAAUGUACAGUUCGAGUCAGGUGACUUGAAUCAGGCCAUGGAGUUUUACAAUCGUACUUUGAACAUCCAGGUGGAGAACCUCGGCCAGGAUCACAUUUUUGUGGCGGUUUCAUUUACUACCAUGGGUACAGUGCAAAGUAAAUUGGGAAACUUCCAACAGGCCAAGGAGUAUUAUGAAAAAGCUCUACAAAUUUGGUUGAAAAAGCCUGGACCCCAACAUGUGAAUGUCGCGCGUACUUACUCUGGCUUGGCUAAAGUACAGCGUAACUUGGGUGACCUGCCCCAGGCCAAGCAUUAUUGUGAACUUGCCCUAAAUAUUGAAAUGAAAAAGCUUGGACCCGAGCACGUCGAUGUCGCAGUUACUUACUCCAACUUGGCUGAUGUACAUUGGAAAUUGGGUGACUUGCAAGAGGCCAAGGAUUAUUAUGAACGUGCUCUGAACAUUCUUUUGAAAAACUUUGGACACAAGCAUGUUGAUGUCGCGUAUAUUUACCAUAACCUGGGUAAUGUGCAGUAUGACUUAGAUGACCUUCAACAGGCCAAGGCUUUUUAUGAACGUGCUCUAGAAAUUAAGUUGAAAAAGCUUGGACCCGAGCAUGUUGAUGUCGCACCUACUUACUCAAGUCUGAGUAAUGUGCAGCGUGACUUGGGUGAUCUGCAUCGGGCCAAGGAGUGUUGUGAACGUGCUCUAAACAUUCGACAGAAAAAGCUUGGUCCCGAGCAUGUUGAUGCCCAGCGUACUCGCAAUCAGUUACGUAAUUUGCAGUCUGCCUUGGACGGCCUGCAACGCGGCAGGGAACGUCACGAACGGAGAAAAUACUGCGUAAUUUCUUAAUGAUAUUCUUAUCACGACAGUUUGGGGGAGACAAACAACGAAAAAUUUGUAACAUAAAGUUUUAGAUGUAAGCGUGGAUGAAUUUAAUGUAAAACCCUAAUGAAUGUUCUUGUAAGUAAGAAAACCCUUGGUGGUGCAAUUCCGUUGUUAAUUUCCUCAAGUGACAUGUCGUAGUUCAGUGAAGCAGUUUGCGAAAGAGCAUUUACAACCUUGUGUCUCUGUAAAACAUAUUUUAGGACCUGACCAGAGAUAAGGCAAAUAAUCAUAAUGAAGGAAAUCUGCGUGUAACUAAGUGUUUUUUUUAACAGAAGUGCUUUCAGGACAAAACUAGACGUGUAAAUAUAGUUAAUCUGAUACGCUAUUCGUUGAAACGAACAUGACAAUUAGUCUAUCUAACACAACGAAUAUAUGAAAUUGUGCGAGGAUCGUGCACAAAUGAAUUAGUCUAUCUGUUCAGGGAACGAUAGUUUCUUAUAUAAUGAUAAUAAUAAUAAUAAUAAUAAU